CGCGAUCCAAGUGAGUCAGUCGGCUGAGAGCCGUCGUGCCUGCACCAGCUGCAUCGUCGUCGUUGUUGCUCCAGCGCCGCCGGCCGUCCAUGAGUCUUGGACUCGUCGUAUCGGCGGAAAUGCACUGCUUCAACUAGUCAGUCGCUGUCGACGCCACCAUCUUAUUCUACCUGUUUCGACGAGUCAAGAAUCUCUGAAAACGUUGAACACCAGCCGUGUGUUUUUCGUUUCAAAGAGCCGACCCCACCUGCGGAGGGCGGCCUUGAAAAAAGCAUCAUCUGCUGGAGCCUCGUCAGGGAGUUUUUUCACUCUUCCUACCUAACUACCUUCCUACCGCGUGACGCCUAUUCAGUCUAGCCACCUUUGUUCGGAUCCUUUGUUACCGAGUGGAAUUUUUAUUUAGAUAAUUUGCACUCAUAGUGCGUUUACAAGUGAUUUUUCCAACUGGAUUUUGUUUUUCGCGAGUGGAAUUUUGUGUUUUUGAUCAAAAUGCCUUCGAAGAAACAAUACAACUUGGUGCAGAAUGAUGACUACGACACCCGGAUACCUCUGCACCCUGAUGAGGCUUAUCACCACGGAAUCUCGUUUCAGGCAAAGUUUAUCGGGACAUUGGACAUCCCCCGGCCAACCAGUCGAGUGGAAAUUGUAGCUGCCAUGCGCCGCAUUCGCUACGAAUUCAAGGCGAAGGCGGUGAAGAAGAAGAAAGUCAACGUUGAGGUUUCCAUCGAAGGUGUCAAAGUCAGUCUGAAAGGAAAAAAGAAAAAGAAAAAUCAAUGGACGGACGACAGCAAAUUGGUGCUCAUGCAACAUCCCAUCUAUAGAAUAUUCUACGUGUCGCAUGACUCGCAGGACCUCAAAAUAUUCUCCUACAUCGCACGAGAUGGUGCUAGCAACGUAUUCAAGUGCAACGUGUUCAAGUCGACGAAAAAAAGCCAGGCUAUGCGGAUAGUGCGGACGGUAGGCCAGGCGUUCGAGGUUUGCCACAAGCUGUCGCUAAAUGGGCCUCCUAAGGAGGAAGAACAGGAUGCAGAGGACCAGUUGAUCUCAAUUGACAACGCCAGUGACAGAGACAGCACCGACACCUCAUUAGACAAGGCACUUGCAAAAGACGUGCCCAAUUUAAUAGGCGACCCUGUUAGCUGUGACACGCUGGCCGCUGACUCCGGCGUCUUGACUCAGCUUAUGGACUCGCCAAGCGACUCUGCACCAACGUUGUCACCCUCCGUGGUCACGUCACCUCAAACACCUCCGGCACCGCUUGCACUACAACAGCCGCCGACAGCAGGGCUGAGACUCGACUUGGCUCCACAGACAAACUUAUCCAACGGGAACAACAGGAGGUCGACCACCAUUAGUGCAAACGGCGAAGAAAGUUUAGGCAUGGCCGCCCAGCACGAACUUCAGUUGCUGCGUGAGCAGUUGGAACAGCAAAAUCAGCAGACGCAAGCCGCAGUGGCCCAAGUGCACCUCCUACGUGACCAACUGGCUGCGGAAACGGCAGCACGUCUUGAAGCCCAGUCGAGAACACACCAGCUGCUGGUACAUAACAAAGAACUGCUCGAGCACAUCCAGAUGCUAGUUGUGCACUUGCAAGAGAUGGAGCGUCAACAGCAGCAGAUCGGCGUCUCUCAACAGCAGCAGCAACAAACGCAGAUCACCCCCAGCUCGCCCCGCGUCACGAUGGUACCUCAGAUGGCGGUGCUGUGCGAGCCGCAGACGCCAACGCUGGCGCCGGUCUACCUGCCGCACGACCUGCAAGAAGCACUGCUCGGCCAACGCACCCCCCACCCGCAGACAAACCCCAUCUACUCCCCUUACCAGAGUGCAGACCUGGUGCAGCGGCUGCAGGCCCUGUACAGGCCGAGCGCGCAGCAGCAGCCCGCACCCGCUCCCGCUUAUUAUCAAACCGCCCCUACCACCUUCCGCACCUCCCCUUACUCGGGAUCCCCUGUAAUGCAGCAUCGGCUUUUGUCAUACCCGCCGCCUGAGAACUCACCCUCGGCGCUCAUCCAGACCGAGCAGCCGCAGUUCACCUUCACGGCCAAGGAGUUCGCGGCGGCCGCAGCCGCUGCAGCUGCGGCCGCCGCCCAGGCGCCCCCAACCCCUCCAAAACUCGUCCCGACCAACACUCCCGUCACGCCUCCGCAAGCAACCCCUGUAGAGCAGCAGACGCAGUUCAUCAGGCCGCUGUCGCAGGUUGGCACGCUCACUACCACCGACCCUGAGGGCAGAGUGAAGGUCAUCGUGCCCGUGGAGGAAGCCCCGCCACCCACCGACAGGCAACAGGAUCUGGCGGCCGCUCUCGCCAUGUUAAGGGUGUCCGGGGGCGCGUCGUCGUCGGACGAGUCCAGUCCGGCGGUGCUGCGAAGGCUCAACGGUGGCACGCCCGUCAUCACGCGAUCCACCAGCGAAAAGGUGCCCAACCGGAGCGAACUGAUGUCGCAAGUGACGCGGACGGCCUGGGCCAGGCACACGACCAACUCACUUCACACGCUAAAGUGGAUAGAUGGUUUCAACUGCGGGCAGAGAGUGGUUUCGUCGACGGCGACGAACUGGCCGCUGAGCCUGCCGACGUGGCAACGGCCGAGGCCCUCUUGAAGAGACACAAGCGCAAGAAGCGGCGCGCAAAACUCAGCUUUCGCUUCGGCAGGUCCACUUUCUGAACGAACCACACUCUCAAUACUUAUGAAGCCACCUACGUGUUUCUUUCUCAGUAUCCGAGCCAUUCCAACUUUUGUUCAUAAACAGAAACGAUCAGUGUACAGACUUUUGGAAAGAAAUAAGAAUCACAUAUGAAAUGCCUCCACAUAGCCUUUAAGGUACUCAAAAUGUAUUUAUAAAUAUAUUUAUUCGCACUGUGUCUCCAGAUAUCAGGCUUCUCAGCUUCCACUCACGCGUUUUCGGCCAAAGAAAAUGCUAAAGCAAUUGUGGAACAGCUGUUAAAUAUGGAUGAAAAAUUAAUAUGUAAUUUUUAAGUGCGUCACAGUGUCUCUUCUAGUUUGACUUAAGCAAGCCAUAUUGUAGUAAGUGACGAAAUGAUGUAAUGCGUUAUUGAAUAAUCUAAAUAGACUAUAAUUCAUGUUUUGCAUAACGAAAUAAAAUUAUUUGAAUAUAAUUUACGAAUGAAGAA